AUGGCGGCUCGGUUGCAAUCCUUUGCCUGUUCUGUUGUCCGCCUGGGGCAUAGUGCCACUGGAUGCGGACUCCGUCUGCCAGCGACCGCUGAUAGACUCAGCCGUCUGCGUGAGCAAUUGAACCAAUUCGAUGCUUUGCCAUACUCGUGCAGCCAUAGGCAUUUUCAAACGAGGGACGGCAGCUUCACUGCUACCCAGGCCCUGCCCGUAGUGGCAGAACGCUUGAGCCUCCCGGAUCGGGUUCAGGACUUUGAUCCUAGGCCUUACUUGAGUCCUACCUUCCGUCAUAUUUACGAGGACCCCGAUGCGUUUUUAAAACCCGAAGCGGAGCGCCCUGAACCCAUUAAGAUCCGAGGCACUGCAUCCCGUAGGGAACUUCUCAAGGUUCUUGAACGAUGGGACCAUCUCGGUCGUCUUUUCGUAUGUGACAGUUCUGAGGUUAGAUCUGAGGAUAGGUGUGAGUUGUUCGCUGUGGCGAAGGAUGCUGAUAAGGAUCGGCAAAUCCUGCAUCGGAAAAGACGUAACCUUCAGGAACGUCACAUUCAAGGCGCGUCUCGAGAUCUGCCACAUGGAGUACUCUUAUGCCAGCUUCCCUUGGAAGGGCGCUAUGUGUGUGCGUGCUCGGUCGAUGAUGUAAAGGACUUUUACCAUGCUUAUCCUGCCUCGGAAGCCCGAGCUAGGAGUUCGCCGGUGGGUCCUGUUUUCCGUCCCGGGGAAGUGAGUCAUUUGAAAGCAUUCCAGGAAGCCCUUGCAGCAGGUCGAGUCACCCAAGGUGGCCGUGUGGCGUGCUGCUUUAAAGGGCUGGGGAUGGGAGACCAUGCAGCCGUGGAUAUAGCUCAGGAAAGUCAUGUGAACUUACUUAGGUCUUUUGGAGCUAUGAAAGAGGGCGAAACUUUGAGGUAUAGAGACCCGGUGCCGCACCCCCCUAGUGGUUUCGUGGAAGGUAUCAUGAUUGACGACCACUUAGGUCUUCAGCUCUUGCCGAGACUUCAGAGCCUGAAGGAAACCUUGGCUCAACCGGCGAGGGAUCAGGAGGUCUUCGCGGCUUCGGGCAAAGCUUAUUCUCACGCUGGGCUGCAGGCGCAUCCGAAGAAGGCCGUUCGACGUGGGGUUUGCGCCAAAGUCUGGGGAGCCGAGAUUGAAGGAGAGAAAGGGCUUGUAGGUCCAGUUCGUAGUCGUUUGAUGGCCUUGGGAAGGCUGUCUAGUGAGGUCGCCCGCCCGGGUGCGAUUGACCAGCAGACCUUGGAUGGAGUCUUGGGUUUGUGGGGCUUUUGCGCCCAAUUCCGACGGCCCAUUUUCAGUUUCUUGUAUGAAGCGUACAGACAACAGGGUCCCGGGACUGCCGAAGAGCCGUUCCGCCUUUCCACAGGGGCCCGCAACGAAUUUGCUGUGCUUGCUUGCUUAGCACCUCUGUGUCUAACUGAUCUCCAUGUUUUGCCUGAUAAGUAUCUGUAUUGUGUGGAUGCUUCUCCUUCGGGGGCUGGGGUGUGUAGGUCUGAAGUGGGGGUUUCUGUUGUUAGGGAGAUUUGGCGUAGAGGUGACAAGCAGGGGUAUAGGAUGCCGCUUUUGAGUCGGCUUUCCGCCGCCCUGAAAGAGAGCGGCUUGGAUGAGGACGAUGUUCUAGAUGAACAGGAUUCGCAAUCGGAGAUUUCGGAUUCGCCUUUGAGGAGUGAGUUUGAGCAGGGUCCAGUAGAGGACGACUGGAGGUUGUCCAUACCUCCUGCGCUAAAGGAGGGGCCGUGGGACUUCUUAGAACUUUACUCUGGUGUGGUAAAGUCAAGUUUCUUUGGUGGGCGCCGCCUUGCGCCGCGACCGCCUUCAGAAGGCGUCAGGACCCGGGAGCACUUGCUGAGAGGCCGAGUCACCGAGAAGACGCACCAGAUCCGGACGAGUUUGAUUGCCAGCCUGGAGGAGUGGCUCUUGCCUCAGCUACCUGGGAUGACGUUGGAGACCUUGGCUCGAGGGCACUCAGACGUUUUGUCCGAUUGGCUCGAAGAAUAUAUGGUUGCUAUGUUUCUACAACGCCGCAGCCGUCGAGCUGCAGCCGAGACCUUAAAUGCCCUGGCCCAACGGUUUGGAUGGCUGAGAUCCUCGCUUGCCGCGCCGUGGAAUCUGGUGAAAACCUGGGAGCAGUUAGAACCAGUACAACAUCACCCGCCGGUACCCAAGGCGGUGAACGAUGCACUUGUCGUUACUGCUCUGCUCUGGCGGUGGCCGCGGAUGGCGGCUUUGCUGGUGCUUGGCUUUUUUGGAUUGCUGAGGCCCUCCGAGCUUAUUGGACUACGUCGGCAAGAUCUGGCAUUGCCAGGCGACCACUUCGAAGAAGACGUGCUGUACAUCCGCGUGCCUCAUCCCAAAACCAGAUUUCGGGCUGCAACCUCCCAACAUGUUCGAGUCGAGUUUCCGGGUGUGGCCACGUGGAUCACCUUGGUGGUAGGGACGACCCCGAUGUGGAGGCGGAUUUGGAAUGGCUCUUGGGCCUCGUUUAAGCUGAGGUUUGGAGCACUCCAAACUGAGGUUUUGGGCGCUGUCACUUUCCUGCCGUCCUCGCUACGUCCCGGAGGCGCUACUUUUCUUUUCAGAUACUGGGAUGAGGACCUGACGCGCUUACAAUGGCGCGGUCGUUGGAAGUCAUUCCGUAUGCUGGAAACAUAUGUCCAGGAAUUGGGCGCGACCGAG